UAUUCAUUCAUAACCAGUGGGUUUCCGUUGCAUAUUAUCAAUAAAUUCUCAUCUUUAUUCUUCAAUAUUAUUCUGUCAAAUCAUCACGAUACUGUUAGUUCUUCUUAAACCUGCAGAUUCGAUCUCCUUUAACUUCCCGAAUUUCUCAAGGAAUGAUGGACGAAUAAAAUUCCAAGGAGCUUCAAUCAGGAACGGUAGCUUCAUUGAAGUCACCGGGAACAACGCUAGUCUUUAUACUGAUCGUAGUGGUACUGUAGGCCGUGCCGUUUACUCAGAAGCUAUACAGCUUUGGGAUGCAACCACUGGAAGGAUGACAGAUUUUGAGACACACUUUUCAUUCAUCAUUGAUGGACAUAAUGCGACUGCUGCUGGUGAUGGUAUGGCUUUUUUUCUUGCACCUUUUGGGUCUUUAAUUCCUCCAGAUUCUUGGGGGGGUGCUCUUGGCUUCUUGAGUCGGAACGUAUCUGAAAAUAACUUGGCGGCAAAUCAAAUUGUAGGCGUUGAGUUUGACAGUUAUAAAAACGAAUUUGAUCCAAGUUCAGAUCAUGUCGGUAUCAAUGUUAACUCGGUAGUGUCUGUUGCUAAUGUGUCAUUGGCAGAUGGUACUAUAAGGGAUGGAAGAAAAGCUAAUGCUUGGGUAACUUAUAAUUCUACUACGAAAAAUUUGAGUGUUUUUCUAACUUAUGCUAAAAAACCUGUUUUCAAUCGGAGUUCUACUUUGAAUCAUGUUGUUGAUUUAAGCAAAGUUCUACCAUAUCAGAUUACUGUUGGAUUUUCAGCGGCCACCGGGGUGUAUUUUGAAGAUCAUAAAGUCCUUUCCUGGAGAUUUAAUUCCACUUUAGAAUUAGUCAAGGUAAGAAAAGAUAAUAAUAAAACUGGUGAAGGAAAUAAUUAUCAAAACAUAGCCCCAUCAGUAGCCCCAACAAUAUCCCCAACAAUAGCACCAACAAGUACACAAGGGAAAGGUAAUAAAACUGAUGAAGGAAAUACUGAUCAAAACAUAGCACCAACAAGUACACAAGAGACAGGUAAUAAACCUGAUGAAGGAAAUACUGAUCAAAACAUACCACCAACGAGUACACAAGGGACAGGUAAUACAACCGGCUCGGCGGUUGGUCUUGGUGUUGGCCUUGGUGUUUUAGGUUUUGGGCUUGGUUUUGCUUUGUUUAUCUAGUGGAAGAGAAGACGCAGCUCAAGACAUUAUAGAAAUGCUACUUAAAUCAUGAAAUUUUGAGUACGUAUACAUGUAAGUUAGCUUAUUUCAUCAUAGUAUGUUAUCUACCGAGAAAAUUUAAGUCGAUGGAUAAUUAUCUAA